AUGGACCGCAGCCUUUGGUCGUUCGUAGUCGUCCUGUGCCUGGCGCAGGCGGCUAUCGCCAGCACGCCUUCUUCGUGCUACCGGACUUCCAAUUACUUCCGAACGCAUUUCAACGACACCAGAUAUGUGUUAGAACAACCAGCUACAUCAAACGCUUUCUUGCAAGUGUGCGGGAAAUCACAAGAGACGUGUUGUCACGAAAACUCUGAACCGCAACUGGUGACCGUUGGUAGAAAUAUGUACGACGAUAAACUACAGACUUCAUUAAAAACCCUAAGCGGAAUGUACAAAGAGAAAGCUGCGAAAUUCGAUGAAUACUUUAGAGAUAUGCUGAACAAGGCCAGAAUGGGUUUUCACGACAUGUUCAAAAAGACGUAUGGAAUGAUGUACGAACAGAACUCGUACCUGUUCCAGGAUCUGUUCCGGGACCUGGAAAAGUAUUACGACGCGGGCAACACGAACAUCGUUGAGGUGUUGGAAAACUUCUUCUCCGUACUAUGUCAGAAAAUGUUCACAGUCAUGAACAGCCAAUUUGCGUUCGACGCUAAGUAUUUGGUGUGCGUUAGUGAGAGUAUGUCAGAGGUAGCGCCCUUUGGCGACGUGCCCGACAAACUUUCGGCACCGCUGAAAAGAUCAUUUGUCGCUUCCAGAACGUACGUACAGGCCCUGAAAAUAGCCAGUGAUAUUUUGGCCAACAUCAACAAGAUGGCGCCCACCCAAGAAUGUUUAGUUGGCUUCACCAGAAUGACCCAAUGUCCAGCUUGUAGAGGAUUGCAAGACAGCAAAGCAUGUAACGGAUAUUGUCUGAACGUUAUGAAGGGAUGUCUGGCGUACCACUCGCAGCUUGAUCAAGAUUGGAACGCGUUUUUAGAUAUCAUGGAGAAGGUGAAAAAACGUCUGUUAGGGCCGUUCAACAUCGAACUGGUUGUUAUACCGAUCAAUGUAAAGAUAUCUGAAGGCAUAAUGAACUUUCAAGAAAACUCUCAAAAAGUUUCUCAAAAGGUAUUCGCCAACUGCGGUAAACCUACGUUGGGGCCAUCGCGUCGGCGCCGUCGCCGCGAUGUAUACAACAUCGACGACUACUAUGACUACCAACAAGGACGUGUGAUGAAUGACGGCAAAAACAAAGACGCCGGUAAAGCCAACGAGGACGGCGAGGACGAUGUGGAAGACGACGACGAUGAGGAUGAUGAAGACGACGAAUAUGAUGACGUGAAACCGGCAGUGCCACCUCAAGUCAGAAAUGAAAAAAAAGAAAACGUUCCGGAAGAGAGUGGCGAACGAAAGAAACAGCAGCAACAGCAAAGGAAGAACAAAAACAACAAUGGCCCGAAAAACGGUGCCAGCGGUGGAGGAAAUAAGAACAGAAAAAAAAAUAACAAGAACAACGGUCUCGAAGACGAGGAAGAAGACCAAGGAGGUCCUGCGUUUGCGUUCCACAGACUGCUCAAAGACAUUGGCACCCACGUGUCGUCUACAAAAAACUUCUGGAAGAGAUUGCCGUACGAGGUUUGCAACAAUGAGGUAGCUGUGAUCGAGACUGUUCAGAACACCAGUUGCUGGAAUGGAUCUGCGUUGGCCAGUUACGCCAAGGAGGUAAUGAAAGACGGCAUAAAAAACCAGAAGAGGAAUCCCGAGGUGCCGGUGGACGUGACGCGUCCGAGUAGCCUGCUCAACGAACAGGUGUUUGCGCUCAAAGCCCUGACCAACCUGCUGAAAAACGCGUACCAGGGACUGGACGUGGAGUGGGACAUGGAGGAAGUGUUCCACGGCGGCGAGUCGAGCGGCGCCGGCCCGAUAGCGUCGUCGGGCGACGGUUCCGGGGACGAGGACGAGGACUCCGUCAGCGUUCACGCGUCCUCAUCGUCUCCGCCGCCGCCGCAGCCGCCAGCGGGCGGAAGCGGUCCGGCCACGACGGCCGUCAACGCGGCCGGUACGACGACGCCCUCGCCGACGCGAACGGCGACGGAUCCGUCGGACGGCGGCACGGGGUCCGGAUCGAGCGCGGGCCACAAGGCCAAACCGACGCUCCAAAAGGCGCUGGCCACGUACCUGUUGCCGGUGGUAGCCGUCUGGUUCGGCGGUUCGUUCCUCGAGUGGAUUCUGUGAACGGGCUAAAGGAAAAUGUUGUCCGUCGCGGUUUUCCACAUUUUAUUAUUAUUAUUAUUUUUUUUUUUUUUAACUCUUGUCGUUUUCGAACGGUGCCAUAAAAGAACAAAAAAAAAAAAAAAAUCUACAAAAAACGUUCAACGCGUGUGUUUGACUGUGAUAAUUUUUUUUUUUUCGUGUACAAAAAAAA